UCUUUGACCACUAUCAUGUAAAGUUUGCUUGCAAGUCACAUGAUCUACUAACGAGCUAGUUCAUUCAUGUGACCUGUGGAGAAAAUGGACGGAAUUAAUUUCUUCCUAAUUCUCUGCUUCCUUCUGAAUUCAGCAUCAUCGCAUCAAGAAGGAAAACAUCUUUUCAUGUCUGAUUUGGCACCGUAUGAUUCUCCUCACGGGCCCGAACAAAUUCACAUUUCUUACGGAGAUAAUCCGAAUGAAAUGACUAUAAUGUGGUCGACCUCAAAUUCAUCGGAGUUUGCCAGUUCGGUCGUUCUUUAUGGCUUAGCGCCGAAGAAUUAUUCUCUUAAAGCAAGGGGAAAAUUUGUGUUAUUUACCGAAGGAAAUCCAGAUGCACUAAAAUACAUUCAUCGCGUCGUUCUUCGGGGAUUAAUUCCUGGGAUGAAUUACUCAUACCGUGUCCAAAGUGGCAGUAACAUAAGUGAUGGGUUUGAAUUCACUGCUAAAAGAGAUGAUGAGGAAUGGUCGCCGCAGUUCUUGGUUUAUGGAGACAUGGGUCGAAUUGGAGGAGCGCCUAGUCUCAAACGGCUUAUCAUGGAAGCUAGGUCCGGGCGCAACACGGCUGCGUUGCAUGUCGGGGACUUCGCGUAUGACCUUCAAACUGACGGAGGACUUAAUGGUGACGCGUUUAUGAACAGAAUUCAGGACAUGGCCGCGUGGAUUCCUUACAUGACAUGUGUUGGAAAUCACGAGAUUGCCUUCAACUUUAGUCAUUACCGAUACAGGUUUUCCAUGCCGCAACUCGAGUGGCCCACUGCAGUCGACAGAAUGUGGUACAGCUUUGACGUCGCCAGAGCUCACUUCAUCGCUUACUCGUCUGAAGUGUACUUCACCAACGGCUCAAUUCAAGGUCAACUCGAGUGGUUAACCAACGACCUUAAAAAAGCAAACCAGCCCGAGAACCGUGCUAAGCGUCCGUGGAUCAUUGCGUUUGGUCACAGACCAAUGUACUGUUCAAACAUUGAUAAAGAUGAUUGUACCACGCUUCACUCUGUGGUUAGGCACAGCUUGGAGCCGUUAUUUUUCCAGUACGGUGUAGACAUUAUCAUCGAAGCGCAUGAGCACUCGUACGAACGCCUCUGGCCAGUGUUCAACGACGUAGUAACGGCUGACAACUACAGCAAUCCAAAGGCCCCAGUCCACCUGAUAUCGGGUGCGGCAGGCUGCAACGAGGCUUAUGGAAUAUGCGUGAAUCCCAUGCUGGGACCUAGAGGUCCUUGGUCCGCCUUCCGCGAGUGGUUCCCAGGCAACGCCGGUUACGGUAAACUAAGGAUUGAGAACUUAACUCAUGUGUACUGGGAACAAAUCAGAGCUUAUGAUGGUUCGGUCAUAGACAGUGUAUGGAUAAAACAGGAACACCACGGACCGUUUAAACCCUUGGAUCCCCGUUUAUAGUAUGAAACACAGCGUGACAACACAAAGUGCAGGGCUGGGUAUAUUCACCAAAACAUUUCGCUGAAAUGCUACUUUGCAUGGAAUCGUUCAAUAUGAAGUUUCAUUCAACGCCUCUUUUUGGAACUUAAAAUUUUGUUUAUUCCAAAACACACAUUACAACGUUCAUACUUUUAACGCCCCAGUUAACAUUAUUUUUUUAUAGAUUUCGAAGUUUUUAUUCUUUAGAAAUCUGCCUUAAUGAAACAUUUAAGUAGUAUUGUAUCAAACUGUGGGCUCAACAGUCUAGUGGGUGGUGUCAGAUUGAACAAAAAAAAUUCUAAUUUAAGACUGCAAUCUCGAACUGACACGGUUAUGUACGGGACUUUUAUCGUAAGAUUUGAAGUUUUACGUAUUUUAGAUUCUCUUUCGGCUUCGUCUAUGUUGAUAAACAGCAUUUCAUCGCCUUUGGACACCACUGUGCAGGCGUUUGAUAUUUUUUAGAUAUUUUAAGAUGUGAUGGCGGUUUUAUUUCAGUGUGUGUCGGUGGGGUGAAGGGCAGCAUUUUCAGUUCAAAUAAGGGAUGGGUCUUCGGGAUGAGUCUUUUAAUAUAGUUUGGUGUGAGACAAAUAACAUUUUAAUUUUUUUUAUCUAUUUUUUACUGCAAAUGACUUUAUUUAAAAAGCUAAUAAACUAGUAUUUUUUGUAUUUUUUAGUUGCUGUAGCGAUUUGGACCGUUUUGAACCCACGUUUUUACGAUGUUUCAUCAUAAAUUUCUUCUAAGAUCUCAGUUGCGAUUUUAUGUAUAAACGCCUUGUCCUCUGGCAGCAAAUAAAUGCAAAAGUUUGCAACGUGUGGCUUUGCAAUCCUAUUUUGAAAGAAAGUAUGAUUCAGAAAUUUAUCCAGAAUUACUUGAAGUUUACUGUCCUUUAAGCGAUCUAAGACGCAUGUAAAAUUCAUUUCAUUUUUUGUUCAGUAAAUAGAGCCAGGUUUUACCGAGGCAAUUGUGUAUAAAAGGUGGAGUUGUUUUAAUAAAGUAAUCGUUUGUCAGGA